CUUUGGCCAAGGCCCUUCCUCUGCGGCCCCUCCAGCUAGUGCUCCAUUCACGUUUGGUGGCCCUACCAAUAACAUGACGAAUACGGCACCUCCUGCACCAAGCUCUGGAGGCGGGCUUGUUUUCCCUACUGGCCCAACUACCCCUUUGACGAAGACCCUGGAGCUGGAUAGUAUGGAUGCUAGCCCCAUUCGUGGAGGAGAUUCGUCCAGCAAUGUUGGUUCUUCCUUUAGUGCUGCCAAUACAGGUGGUGGAUUCUCUUUCGGUGCAAGCAACACAAGCGGCGGCGGCGGAUUCGGCUCCUCAACUGGAAAUGCAUUCAGCUCCACAAAUAGUGGCUUUGGUGCUCCCAGUACAUCAGGGUUUGGUGGUCUGUCCAAGGAUGCACCAUCCACACCCUCUUCUACUCCCUUUUCCUUUGGAACGCCUACCAGUGCCACCUCUUCGUUUGGUCAACAACCACCCGCAUCCUCUUUUGGACAAGGGGGAGGAGGAUUCUCCUUUUCUCAGCCAGCGGCCGCCAGUGCGAGCCCUUUCAAUCAACCACAGUCUCUGGCAUCACCCGCUGUGGGAGGCUUCGCACAACUGGCAUCACCAGCUGCUAGUCCGUUCACUCAGCCUAUAUCUCUUGGAAGUGGAGGGAGUACAUUUGGUGGAACGCCCCAAGGUCAGAAGCGUUUACUUUCCGAAGAUCCUUCCGACGGAGG